AUGUCUCAAAAUAACGAAGAAACUAUAAAAGCUUUUAUGAGCUUAGGAUUGAGUGAACAAAAGGCAAAGGAAACUCUAAAAAACACCGUUGUUACGAACACUCUUCAAAGGAUUCUUCACGAGGUGCGAGGCGUAAAUAUACCAGAAGGAACUGGUGUAUUAUUAUACCAACUCGGUACGAAAAUCAAGCCCCAAAUUGCUCAGCAUUUACCAACAUUAGUCAAGUAUGUAGCUUCUAAAAAACUGGAUACCACAUUGAGGGUAGACAGAGCUAUAGAAUUCGCUCUAUCUCAUAUAAGCGACCUAAACACAAACGAAUUGGAGAAAUACUGCGGUGUAGGGAUCGUAGUAAGUCCCGAGCAAAUCGAAAAAGUCGUAGAGAAGUAUAUUAAAGCGAAUAAACAAGAGCUACUCGAGAAGAGAUACAGAUUCAAUACGGGGCCGCUUAUGCAGAAAGUCAGAUCGGAAUUAAUGUGGGCCGAUGGUAAAGCGGUGAAAAAUGAAGUUGAUCUGCAGGUAUUUGAUUUACUCGGGCCGAAAACCGAAGCCGAUUUAGCGCCAAUCCCGAAAGCUUCUAAUAAGAAUGCCAAGACUGACGCAAAAGCAGCGCCUGUUGCUAAAAAAGCUGAGCAAACUAUAGAUCAAACUCUUACCAUAUCCGAUGUGAUGAAGAAAAUAAACUUUCAUUCGCCAGGAGAAAAUUACAAAACAGACGGUUACGUUGUAACCGAUCAUACAGAGAAAUUAUUGAAAGAGCACCUGAAGCUUACAGGUGGGCAGGUCAGAACUAGAUUUCCACCGGAACCCAACGGCAUCCUUCACAUCGGACAUGCCAAAGCAAUCAACAUAAAUUUCGGUUAUGCGGCAGCGAAUAACGGUAUUUGUUUCCUUCGUUACGACGAUACGAAUCCCGAAAAGGAAGAGGAAAAAUUCUUCCUCGGCAUCAAAGACAUGGUAUCUUGGUUGGGGUACACUCCUUAUAAAAUAACGCACUCUUCCGAUUACUUCGAGCAAUUAUACGAAUGGGCUGUGGUGCUGAUAAAGAAGGGCCUAGCUUACGUUUGCCAUCAAUCGGCUGAUGAAAUGAAGGGUUUUAAUCCGCAACCGUCGCCAUGGAGAGACCGUCCUGUUGCCGAGAAUAUUCAGCUAUUCGAAGACAUGAAAAACGGUAAAAUAGACGAGGGCGCAGCUACGUUGAGAAUGAAAAUCACUCUAGAGGAGGGAAAACUCGAUCCGGUCGCUUAUAGAGUGAGAUUUAUCCCCCAUCAUAGAACAGGUGAUAAAUGGUGUAUCUAUCCUACCUACGAUUACACUCAUUGUCUUUGCGAUAGUAUCGAGAAUAUCACGCAUUCAUUGUGUACCAAAGAGUUCCAAUCGAGGCGAUCGAGUUAUUAUUGGUUGUGCAACGCUUUAAAUAUUUACUGUCCUGUUCAAUGGGAGUACGGUCGAUUGAAUGUAAACUAUACAGUGGUAUCGAAAAGAAAAAUAGCUAAACUUAUCGACGAAGGAAUCGUUAAAGAUUGGGAUGAUCCUAGAUUGUUUACUCUAACGGCUUUGAGGAGACGCGGUUUUCCCGCGCAAGCCAUUAACAAUUUCUGCGCUCAACUGGGAGUUACCGGCUCACAAAGCACGGUCGAUCCAUCGAUGUUGGAAGCCUUCGUUAGAGAUUAUCUCAACGACACCGCUCCACGGCGAAUGGUGGUGUUGGAACCGUUGAAGAUUACUAUUGAAAACUUCCCUCACGACAAACCUGUCACCAUAUCAGUUCCUAACUUUCCUGCGAAACCGGAAUUGGGAAGUCACAACAUCACCUUCGAUAGAACGAUUUACAUCGAAACUAGCGAUUUUAUGGAGGUAGGCGAAAAGGGUUAUCGUCGCCUAACUAAAACACAACCGGUGGGUAUUCGUCACGCCGGUUACGUUCUAAAAGUAAUAGAUGUUAAAAAAGCGGGAGAUUCGAUAAAAGAGGUGAAAUGCGAAUGCAUAGUAGCGGAUAAAUGCGAGACAAAACCGAAGGCAUUUAUCCAUUGGGUUAGCGAUCCGCGAGAAAUCGAAAUCAGAUUGUACUCUUCGCUGUUUAAACAUAAAAAUCCCGAAGAUCCCGUUGAAGUGCCCGGUGGAUUUCUGUCCGAUUGCAACAAAGAUUCUUUAAAAAUUUUAAAAAGUUUCGCCGAUAAAUCUCUGCUAAAUGCAAAUAUUGGGGAGACGUACCAGUUUGAGAGAAUUGGAUUCUUUUCUAUUGACCCCGAUACUAAUAAAGAGAAACUCGUCAUCAAUCAAACUGUCGGUUUAAAGGAAGACGCAGGCAAGUGA